AUGACUGCACUAGGGGUACCAAUCAAGGACAAGGUUGCGAUCGUGACGGGAGGUGCCUCAGGCAUGGGUCUGGCGACUGUGAAUCUGUUCCUCGACGCAGGGGCCUUGGUGGCCGCUGUCGACGUCAAACGCCUCGACGAUCUGCCUGCGAAGGACGCGCUAUACGCAUUGCAUUGCGAUGUCAGCGACGACGAACAGGUCAAGGCCACGGUGAAAGCGGUGGUGGACAAGUGGGGUCGCAUAGACGUGCUGGUGAACUGCGCCGGCGUCUGCGACAACUUUGGCCAGUACAGCCCUCCUCACGCUGUCAUUAUCACUCCCGGCGUCGCGGACACCACGAAUGCGAUCUGGGAACGGACCAUGAAGAUCAACGUCGACGGAGUCUUCUACUUCAGCAGGGAAUGUUUCCCAUACCUCGCUCGCCAUCCGGAUCAUAAGGGCAGCAUCGUGAACGUGUCUUCGAUCGCCUGCAAACUGGGCGGAACAGCGGGCGCAGCGUACACGGUAUCGAAGCACGCUGUCACCGGCCUCACGAAGAACACAGCGAAGCACAACAAAGGAAAAGUCACCUGUAACGCCGUCCUGCCAGGGAUGACCAGCACCAACAUUUUGGAUAGCGUCCCGGCGGGAGGGAUCAACGAGGAAGGCAUGGAGGUUUGUAAGAAGACUCACGCGUUGGGCAAUGGAGAGUGGCUUGAGCCUGAUCACAUCGCGAGAGCGAUUUUGUUCUUGGCGACAAAUCCCAUGAUCAAUGGCGCGACCCUGGAGGUCGAUAAUGGAUACACCGCUUGA